AUGCGGCAGGACACGGUGCCAAUACUGCGGAAAAAAAUAACAGCAACCGCAGGGGAAACCACCACGUCGCCGGCACCAUUGGAUGGGCGCAUCGAUCCCCGCAGCGGAACGGCAUCAACGGUGGGGGCGGCGGGUUUCGACGAUGGCGAGGGCGGGAGGCUGCUGGGGACGGCGGGCACGACCGCGACCGUGGCAGCAGCGGACGAGAAGUGGCGGCCGCUUCUUCCGGAGUCCGUCCUCCGAGGUUUAGCGUACGGCAUGGUGAAUGGUAUCCUCGAGCCGCCCAUAAUGGCGAGCUUUGCCGCGAUGAUAUUUAGGGAUCCGGCGUUUACGCCCCAUCUUCCCAGGCUAGUGAAAUUGGUCAUGUUUAGCGCCGCCGUUCACAUGGCCUGCUUCGGGACCCUGUCCAAGCUAAAGUUCGCCGUUGGGGCGGUUCAGGACGCCGGUCUGAUAUUCCUGUCUGCAAUAUCGUCGUCGGUGGUAGCCUUUUCUAGAGAGCAAGGAGUGGAUGAGGCUGGUAUGCUCAGCACCGCGGAGCAGAGACAGACAACGAGUGUUGGACCAACGCUGUAUUUUCACAGUCUGGAGAUCAGCGGCAUUAGAGACUUCGGCGUCCUGGCCAACCGAGAGGCGCUCCUGCUAGUGCUGCCCGCGGUUCUGGCCGGCUUGGUGAUGUACCUCUCCCUCCGGCGCUUCCCCUCUCCGACCACGCUGCCGCUGCUCAUGGCCGCGUUCCUGGGAACGUUCUUCGCGUUACUCAGGGUCACGGGAACGACUCUCGACGAGGCGAGAGCUGCUGGGUGGGUGAGCGCAGCGUCCCCGAUGCUCCCCCUCAAUCACGCCUGGGACUACUUUUCCUUCGCCGACAUCCAUUGGGGAGCGUUCGUGAGGGUUGUGCCCAACCUGUUGGCCAUGAUCGUGGUCGUUGCGUUCUCGAGCUGCUUGGAUAUCGCCGCCAUAGAGAUGGAGAUGGCCAAGCCGCUGGAUUUCAACGAGGAGCUGCAGACGGUGGGGUGGUCGAACGUUAUCUCGGGGCUGUUCGGCGGCUUCACGGGCAGCUACAUCUUCAGCCAGACCAUCUUUAACCUGCGGGCAGGCGUGGACACACGGGCGGCGAGCGCGGUGUCGUUUGUCAUGCUCCUCGCCGUGGCGGCAUCGCCCGCCAGCGUCAUCAGCUUCCUGCCCAGGUGCUUCUUCGGCUCGCUGCUGAUCCUCGUCGCGGUCGACCUCAUGGUCGAGUGGCUCUGGCAGGCCAGAUUGAAGAUGAUGCCGGCCGAGUACCUGGUGUGCUUGGCGACGUUUUCCUCGAUCCAGGCCUGGGGUGUGGAGAAGGGCAUGGUCGCGGGGCUGGUGCUCGCCGCGCUCAGCUUCACCGUCACGUACGCGCAGGUUCCCACAGUAAUGACGGCGCGCGUGAAGGCGAGCACCGUCAUGCGGACGUUCGAGGAACGCGUGAUCCUCAAGGCCCACCAGGAGCAGACGGUGGUCCUCGAGCUACAGGGUUACAUCUUUUUCGGCUCCGCCGUCAAGAUUCUGUCUGACGUCAAGGACCGCAUUGUGUGGGGCACCGACCCCCCCCCGACCCCCAACGCCGGGGCUCCCGCCACCGGCAUCUUCGGCAACGUCUACGACGACAGCAACCUUUCCACCAGAACUGUCGGGAACCCGCAGCAGCAGCAGUCAUACCUUGAAACAGCCGCGCUUGUCAAGCCCAGCAGCGAAGGGAUCAUUGCUGCAGGUGCCAUGAACCCGCGCGGAGACAUCUUGAGCCCGGUGUUCAACAAAUCCGGAGCGGCCUACCGUUCAUCGUCGGCAACGGCGGCAGCGGAGGCGCCUGCGGCCUCGUCGGUACUGCCCGGGUCGUCACCUCUGCACUGGCGCAGCCCGCGGCAAGCGCGGAGACAGUCGUUGCGGGAGCACACGUCGACAUCCUCACAGCAGCAGGGGGGGGCUUCUUCCCAAGGAAUAUCAUCACCCCUAGCUCAGUCGCUCGCGAGAACAAGGUCAGUCGGGGGAACGACGACGGCGACGAGCACCGGGGUCCCUGGGGCCGGCGGCGGCCGGGGUCGACCCUUCCACAGAGCCGGCGGCCUGCUGCCAGGCGCGAGCGAGCAGCAGGAGACUGAGAAGCAGCAGCCGGCUGUGCUCGCAAAUGCCAGCAGCAGACACUACGGUGGUAGCGGCGGGGCUAACUUCUCGGUCCCCGCAAGAGAGACGACUGGCUAUGGGGCGAUGGAGGAAGGCGGGGCCGGCGGAGACGGGGGCGUGGGCAGCAGCGGCAGAGCGACGGCGGGGGUGCGCGUGCGACGCCCGCGCGGGACCAGCCUUGGGGAGGAACCGAGGGUCGGAGAGGGUGCUGUGCAGGCAUACAUGUCGCUCUGGGCAAACGGCGGCGGGUCGUUGGCCGACAGCCCAGGCCUUACCGGCAUGACGGGCGGCGGCGACAGCAGCCCCGGGUUCUCCGGCCGCAUGGCUCGGUCUUCCUCGGUGGUGUCUCUCCUACCGGCCUCCGACGAGCGGACCCGACGCGUCAUCUUGGACUUCUCGAACGUCCGUUUGAUAGGGAAGAACCCAGAAGGGACCCCCGAUUCCAGCGCGAACAGCUAG